CGUGCUACUCAAUUGCACCUUACUCAUGGUAGGUUCAAGUUUGACGAGCUGGUAAGAGCACCUUUUUGUCUCAACGGCCAAUCAUCCAUUUUCCUGGUUAAACUUGCGAAUUACAAUUACCUUAGGAUUCGGGUUGGAGAUUGGCCUUGUAUUUCCAUUGACCAAAACGCCACCCGCCAAGCCAUCCAUCGACAUUUACUCCUACUUCUACGACUUUAGCUUCCACCACCCACCCCCCCUUCGGUAAAUUCUUUUUCUCCCUUUAUAAAUUCUCUUCAUAUUCACAGCCUUCUCCAUUAUCAUUUCUCUUCACAUCAACUCAGUAUCUAUCCCCUUUAGCUAGCUCAUUUCAAACAUGGCUCUAGCCAUCUCUUUAUCAACCCUUCUCUUCGUUGUCUUCUUUACUCUCUCAUCUGCUAUGGACAUGUCCAUUAUCAGGUAUAACGAUCAUCAUCAUCCUAAAAGCUGGAGAAGUGAUAACGAGAUCAUCAACAUGUACAACUGGUGGCUCUCAAAGCAUGGUAAAACUUAUAAUAAGCUUGGGGAGAGGGAGGAGAGGUUCGAGAUCUUUAAGGAUAACUUGAGGUUCAUUGAUGAACAUAACUCUAAAAACCGUAGCUACAAGGUUGGAUUGACUAGGUUUGCUGAUCUUACCAAUGAGGAGUACCGUGCUAUGUUCUUGGGUACAAAGAGUGAUCCAAAACGUAGAGUAAUCAAGGCUAAAAAUCCCAGCCGUAGGUAUGCUUUCAAGGCUACUGAUGAGUUGCCAGACUCUGUCGAUUGGAGAAAGGAAGGAGCUGUUAAUCCUAUCAAAGAUCAAGGAAGUUGUGGCAGUUGCUGGGCAUUCUCAACCAUAGCUGCAGUAGAAGGAAUAAACAAGAUAGUGACAGGGGAACUAAUCUCACUAUCAGAACAAGAAUUAGUAGACUGUGACAGAACAUACGAUGCAGGUUGCAAUGGAGGCCUCAUGGACAACGCCUUCCAGUUCAUCCUCAAAAACGGCGGUAUUGACACCGAACAAGAUUAUCCAUACCUCGCCGUCGAUGGCACAUGUGAUCCAGUCAAGGUGAAUAAUAAGGCUGUUACAAUUGAUGGGUUUGAGGAUGUCAUUCCUUUUGACGAGAAAGCUUUGCAGAAAGCUGUGGCAAAUCAACCUGUCAGUGUCGCCAUUGAAGCCAGUGGAAUGCCUUUACAGUUCUACCAGUCGGGUGUGUUCAGUGGUGAAUGUGGGUCAGCAUUAGACCAUGGAGUAGCCAUUGUUGGAUAUGGAACAGAUGAAACUGGCAUGGAUUACUGGAUUGUAAGGAAUUCAUGGGGCCGAGACUGGGGUGAAAAUGGAUAUAUCAGAAUCCAGCGCAAUGUGAUCGAUACAUACACUGGCAAAUGUGGAAUUGCAAUGCAAUCCUCUUAUCCAAUCAAGAACACCCAGAAUCCUUCUCAACCUUCUGAGCCUGCUGAGAAGAAGAUCAACAGCGCUUGAAUCUUCCUCUUGCCUCUUUCAAGCCAAGGGUAUAAGUUGAAAGGUGCAAAUUUAUGAUGGCUGCUUGAUUUAUAAUGUCCUGUACUAAGCAAGAACUGGGUGUUUAUGUUUAUUUGGCUUGUUGUAUUUGUUGUAUAUAGCUUUGUAUUUGCAAAACAGCACCUGGAAAAAACUGAAAAUUGUGGUAUACGGAUGUCAUUUAACCAUUAAAUAAAUUUAUCAGGCACAUGAAAAGCAGUUGUCUCUCUA